AUGCCCUUCCUCACCCACCACCUUCCUUCGCAGUACAGCGCCCUCGCAAACCAGCCUCAGAAAGAAACCUCUCCCGAAGACAUCACCAACACGGCCUACUGCUACCGACACCGACCCGAUCUGAAGUGCCGACGCCAGGCAGACGAGCCCUCCAUGGCGCUGUUGCAAAAAGAUCUCGGCAAGCUCUCUCACACCGACCAACAAGCCAUCUCCCAUGUCUGGUCUCUCUUCUCCGCCGCGCCCAGCAAACAACGCAAUCUCAUGCUCCAGGGCAUCCUCACCCAGUGCUGCUUCCCCCAACUCUCCUACAUCUCCGCCAACGUGCGAGAGUUGAUCAAGGUCGACUUCCUCGCCGCUCUGCCUGCCGAGUUGGGCUUCAAAAUCCUCUGCAGCUUGGACACCACGUCGCUAUGCAAGGCAGCGCAAGUCAGUCGACGGUGGCGGAGUCUGGCAGACGACGACGUGGUCUGGCAUAAAAUGUGCGAGCAACACAUCGACCGCAAAUGCACCAAAUGUGGAUGGGGUUUACCUUUGCUGGAGAGGAAGAGAUUGAGGAUCGAGAAGAGACAGAUACAACUUCGCGCGAGCGGUCGAGGAAUCAAUGAAUGGUCUCCCGUCAUCACUCCCAUCUCCGAAACCUCAGCGAACCCCCUGGCCGACAUCUCUGAGCCUCCAGCUUUAGGACCAUCCCAGCUUGUAAGAAAGCGAACGAAUGAAGAGGGCGAAGCAUCACCCGACUCUACGAAGCGACUACGCUCAUCACCAACGCGAGAGGAUGGCCCUCUUCCCUCCCCCGACCUCGCCGUAGAGCCUCUGCCACUGAGACGACGGCCGUGGAAAGACGUGUACAAGGAUCGGUUCCGAGUGGGCACAAAUUGGAAGCACGGCCGCUUCACCACCAAAGUCUUCAAAGGUCACACCAACGGCGUCAUGUGCUUGCAGUUCGACGACAAGGUCCUCAUCACUGGCUCCUACGACACCACCGCCAAGGUCUGGGAUGUGCACACCGGGAAGGAAAUCCGAACAUUGAAAGGCCAUACGAGCGGGAUUCGAUGUUUGCAAUUCGACGACAGCAAAUUGAUGACUGGCAGUCUGGACAACACGAUCAAGCUGUGGAACUGGAAGACGGGGCAAUGUCUCCGAACCUUCCCAGCGCACAAUGCAGGCAUCACCUGCUUGCAUUUCAGUGGACCGUGGGUCGCGUCUGGCUCCAUGGACCAAACGAUUCGUGUCUGGAAUUCCGAAACUCAACAAACCUUCCUCCUCCGCGGCCACACCGACUGGAUUAACAGCGUCAAGGUGGACGAGGCCUCUCGCACACUAUUCUCGGCGUCUGACGAUCUGACCGUCCGGUUGUGGGACUUGGACGCCAAGCGCGUGAUUCGCGUCUUCGAAGGUCAUGUAGGAGGAGUUCAACAAGUCCUACCCCUGCCUGCAGAAUUCGAACUCGACGAGCACCGUAACAUCCACGGUCUAGUCGAUCGAGACGACGAUGUCAGCAGCAACGCGUCGGGCAGCAACGAGCACUCGUUCGGCGACACCAGGCGAGAUGCGUCGUUGGAGGAGCCCUUUUGGCCGGCAGAACCCGAGCGUCCAGCACCUCCACACUACAUGUUGACGGGAGCGCUGGAUUCAACGAUCCGCUUGUGGAAUGCCUGCUUGCGCACCUUCUUCGGGCACGUCGAAGGCAUCUGGGCCUUGGCAGCUGACCACUUGCGGCUCAUCUCCGGGUCCGAGGACCGCAUGAUGAAGGUCUGGGAUCCACGUACUGGCAAGUGCGAACGCACCUUUACUGGGCACCGGGGUCCGGUGACGUGUGCUUGGCUCAGCGACAGUCGAGUCGCAAGUGGAAGCGAGGACUGUGAAGUUCGAAUGCUGUUCUUUGGCAAUUCUUGA